AUGUGUGAAUGUAUCAUUGGACUAGAAGCUGAGCAGAGACCGAGACUGACCCUGGGAGUGGGCACGGCACAGCAGUGUUCCCUCCAUCCUGAAGCAAAGGAUCAUGGGAGCACCGGAGGAAACAUGCGUUCAGCAGGAGUGAAAGAAGUGGAUCUGUUGCAGCUUUUGGACAUGCAGUUUCCAGAUGAACUGAGUGUGCUGAUGCGUCUGCGUCUGGGUCGGCGCUGGCCAGAGCAGAGAGCGCUUCUGGUUAUUCUAGGGCCGGAGGGGGAGGAGCUUUUCCAGCUGAGGCUGGGGCCACGACUCUUCACUGUCGUCAGUGUUUCGGAACAACACUAUGAGUUUCCUGCUGCUCCACUGUGGGACGGAUUGUGGCACAGCCUGUCCCUGGCCAUCUCUCCGUCCAGACUGAGGUUGUACCUGGACUGCUGUCCACAGGAGAGCGCCCCCUGGCCUCAUGGCUUGGGACCGCAGAUCAACACUUUGGGCCUGACUCUGUUGGGAGGUGCCUCAUGUCCUCACCACACACCGUUUACCGGCGCCAUCCAGAAGAUGAUCUUUGUCUUGGGAGAUUCUACAGCUGCCGAGCAGCACUGUCAACAUUACAACAACACAUGCUCAGCUCUGACAGACACACAGACGGUUGGAGCAAUAGAUGAGGCAACUACUCCUCCUGGCUUCAGAGCAUCAUCCAGACCAGACGAUUCCCCUCAAGACACAACUCUGAAUGCCAGACUCACUGAUCUGACACCGAGACUGAAUCCAGUGAGCAGUGCCGACCCUCCACGGUCACGUACUGUUCCAUACACACAGGAUGUGGACACCACAGCUGUAGAGAAUACCCGGACUGGCGUGGAAACUCAGGCUACAGGCUUAGCCAACAGAACAAAAGACAAACCAAAGACUGUGAGUGAGGAAAUAGUGAGAGAUCCAUGGACAAUGAAGGAGCCACAGAAAACAGAGGAGAGUUUCAUAGUCGGGACGGCUUUUGUACACACGCUUAAAACUGCUCCGCACCCAGAACCAGUUCAUCAGUCCCCUGAUGCAGCCAAAGAGGAGGGCUCCACAAGUGAUGACACAUCUGUCAAGGAGCGAGUUGAGACGGCCAUUUCCAUCCCGAACAUUCAACCUGAGAUCCCCACAGCUCCAGGUGUCACGUCAGCAUCCACAAGGGGAGAGGCAGAAACAAGAAGUACAGAGAAAACUUUCCCUAGUGGGCCACAUGCCUCCACAUCUACUCUCAUCUUAGGCUCCACCACAAAAUCAGGGUUGGUCACUUCCAGGGUGGACCCUUCAUCUGACGGAGGAACAAGGGAGGCAAAACACGAGACAUCACCAGCAAUGAUCACACCUCCAGUUUCCUUUAAAGUCUUGAGAGCGACAGAGUUUUCCUUGGAGGGAGCAGUAACAGACGACUCUGCUGCGGCUCAGAAAGAUCCAGCCCCAAACCAGACUGUUUCAACUCCCACGCAGCAAAGCAGAGAAGCACUCAAUAGCAGAGACAUCAUGGUUGAGAUGGGCAAUGUCUCAACCAGAGAGAGUGAAGAAAAAACUGAAAUCAAAGACAGGUUGGACGGUGUUUCACCCAAAAGAGAAACCACAUCCCCACAACAGCGGCUUCCAGGUGGAGAUGAGGGGAGUGGAGGAGACACUGAUGGAGAUGAGAUCGAUUUAGUGGUGGAGGAGGAAGGGGAAAGAGAUGCCGAGAUGGAAAAAGAAAAUUAUGACCAUGACGCUGGCGACUUUGAGAAGCAUAAUCAGUCUUCACUGGAUGGGAUAUCCCAGCUCAGCAACAAAGACUCCAUAGAACAAUCAGAGACUGACUCGACACAGCAGACUGUUGAAGCGGCCAAUCAGCAGCCUACAUACUCAGCCGGACAUAAAGGGGCAGGACUAAGACCCGGAGUCAGCGGACAAGGGGGUCCAUCUGGGCCACCAGGACCACCAGGACCACCAGGAGACAAAGGAUAUCCAGGCGUUAUGGGCAGGACCGGGCGGACAGGAUACAGAGGCCCUAUUGGUCCUCCUGGAAUGCCCGCCAUUGUUGUGUUUAAAACCUCUGAAGAAGAAUGGGAGGCUUUCAAGAAGAAGAAGUUCUACAAAAAGUUGGUGUCUUCCUGGCCAAAACUUAAGGGGCCUCUGGGGCCUCCUGGACCUCCUGGCGAUGACGGAACAAUUGGGCCCCCUGGAAUUACUGGGAAGCAAGGACCAAAGGGAGUUCAAGGGGAAAUUGGCAGUCCUGGACCACAGGGUCUGCCAGGUCCCCAAGGCCGGCCUGGAAGAGAUGGGACCCCAGGAGAGGAUGCUGACCCAGGCCCUCCGGGCUUACCUGGAGAACAGGGUCCCAAAGGCUACAGAGGAGAGGAGGGCAGUAAAGGGGAGCUGGGUGAGUGGGGUUAUCAAGGAGAAGCUGGGCCACAAGGAGACAGUGGACAAAAAGGAGACAUGGGAAAUAAAGGAGCAAGAGGCCUUGUUGGGAUUCCUGGCUACAUAGGAAUACCCGGAGCCAGGGGUCCUCCUGGAUUUCCAGGACCAUCAGGAACUCUAGGAGGGAUCGGAGCUCAAGGCUUCAGUGGACCACCAGGCCCACCUGGUGAAACAAUCAGCUACUAUUUAUGUAAGGAGAGCAUCAAUUCAUUUGUCUUCUACUCAGGGGUCAUCAGGGUGAACUGGGUUUCAGAGGAGCAGCUGGUCCGCAGGGAGAGCCAGGUCCUGAUGGCACAGUUGGAUUUCCAGGUGUCCGUGGUCCUCAGGGAAAGCCAGGACCAGAUGGACCACAGGGUCUUAAAGGGGAACCUGGCGAUUCAGGAGAUGAAGGCGACAUUGGAGAACCUGGACCAACUGGACUUUAUGGAGCCAACGGGAAUCCAGGAAAGCCUGGGCCCUCAGGUGAUCCUGGGCCUAAAGCCAUGCGAGGCGACAAGGGUAAAUCUGGGUUCAAGGGAGACCUGGGGCCUUCAGGGCCUCCAGGUAAACAGGGAUUUAAGGGGCGUCGGGGCCCAUUGGGGUUUGAGGGACUUGGAGGACCAACAGGGCCAACAGGACCUCCUGGUUCCAGCGGCUUUGAUGGUAUCAUGGGGGAGCAAGGAAAGCAGGGAAAAGAUGGUCCAAAGGGAGAUCGGGGGCCAACUGGUAUUCAAGGAGCUCCUGGGCCUCGAGGUGACAAGGGUCGAGAAGGUCGAGCAGGAUUUUCGGGAUUGCCCGGCCCCAUUGGAGAGAUGGGAAAAUCGGGAGUGAGAGGACAUGAAGGAGAACCUGG